UUGACUUAAACUCUGGGGCCCGGGAGGCCGCCGGCUUUUUCUCUGCUUGCCGGGGUGGUCCUCUUCGCUGUGUCGGACCAAAGAAGUAAAUACGGUGUGGAGGGGGAUUGACGUGUUUGGAGGGAAAUGGGAACAUACACGAUAAUUAAAGAGUAAAGUUGUGCUUAACGCUGUUUACUUCUAAUUAUUUCCUGAUUUACAAAUUAAUUUUUGCAAUUCACAACUUCAAGAAUACUUGGACUAUUGGAUUCAAUCCAUAGUAAUCUGCAAAAGAAGAGAAGCAGAAUUAUACCUAGAAGUCUACUAAUGGACAGUUAGUCACCCACCUACAUGUUGAGAUCUCAUUCUGCUGCCCAGGCUGGAGUGCAAAUGGUGCAAUCUCAGCUCACUGCAACUUCCACCUCCCAGGCUCAAGUAAUCCUCCCACCUCAGCCUUCCAAGUAGCUGGGACAACAGGUGGGCACACCUGGUUAAUUUUUUUUUUUUUUUUUGGUAGAGACAGGGUUUCACCAUGUUGUUCAGGCUGGUCUUGAACUCCUGACCUCAAGCAGUUGCCCACUCAGCCUCCCAAAGUGCUGGGAUUACAGGCAAGAGCCACUGCACUUGACCUGAAUUUUAAGAUCAUUGGCAUCUUUAAUGCUGUCUUCAAAUAUUUAAACAUGGCAUAUCUUUACACUCAGCUGUUUGUUAGAGAUGUGACACAUCCUUCAUUUUCUAAGUAUUUUUUAAAUGGUAUUUUAAAAACUGCUGAUAAUAUUCUUGCAUAUUGACCUUAUUUUGGGGCAUUGUAAUAAACAGUAAAACAGGAAGAUCUCUACCUAGUUUUGGAUUUUCUGUGUAACAUCUGAUAUUCAGUUUUGUGUUUUCCUCUCUGCUUACACUCCUGAUACUUUUUACUUUAUACCAGCUAGGAUCUCCAGUAAAAUGAUGAAUAGGAGUGAUAGUGGCAUCUUCUAUGUUACUAUUUAAUUGUUUCAGCUACCAUUUAUCAAAAGAUGGAAACAUCUUUAUAGUAGGUAUUUGGUUUUUUUUUUCUUUUUCUUUUUUUUUUUUUUUGAGACAGGCUCUUGCUCUGUGGCCAGGCUGGAGUGAGUGUAGUGGCGCAAUCACAGCUCACUGCAACGUCCACCUCCCGAUUCUCCUGCCUCAGCCUCCCAAGUAACUGGGACUACAGGUGCCUGCCACCACACCCAGCUAAUUUUUUUUUUUUGUAUAUUUAGUAGAGGCAGGGUUUCACUGUGUUGGCCAAGGUGGUCUCCGUCUCCUGACCUCGUGAUUCCCCCGGCCUCAGCCUCCCAAAGUGCUGGGAUUACAGGAUUACAGGUGUGAGCCACUGCACCUGGGAGUAUUUGAUUUUGUCAGAAAUUCUUACCUUAGAUUUUUGAAAUGAUCUCAUGUUUUUUUUUUUUUUGAAACGGAGUCUAGCUCUGUCACCCAGGCUGGAGUGCAGUGGCGCCAUCUCGGCCGCUCUGCCUCCCGGGGUUCACACCAUUCUCCUGUCUCAGCCUCCCGAGUAGCUGGGACUACAGGCGCCUGCCACCACACCCAGCUAAUUUUUUGUAUUUUUAGUAGAGACGGGGUUUCAUUGUGUUAGCCGGGAUGGUCUCGAUCUCCUGACCUCAUGAUCCGCCAUCCUCAGCCUCCCAAAGUGCUGGGAUUACAGGUGUGAGGCACCGCACCCGGCCCCACAGUACUUCUGACACCAGAUGUGUGGGAAUUUUUUCCCAACUGACCAAUUCUCUCGACAUACCAACUGGGUGGCUUGUGAUUCGAUUCAAUUCCGACACUGUCUACCUGACGUUACCAUCAGAACCCACGAGUUAAAGGGCUCUGUCCUACAAGACUGCCCCCACUUGAAGCCAGUCACAAGUCCAGGCUUGUACUUCUGACCAACUGGCUAUAAAGCAAACAAGAUUCCAGACAUUCAGACAACUGACUUGUAACUGACUUAUAACUGACUUGUAAUACACUGCUACUAUAUCAAACCGACAAUGAAUUGGAAUGAAAAACCAAAGAGUGCUACAUUACCACCACUGUAUCCUAAAAGCCAGCCACCCUUUUUGCAUCAGUCUUUAAUAAACCAAAUUACCACAACAUCUCAGAGUUCUUUCAGCUAUCCUGGAAGUAACCAAGAAGCAUGCAUGUAUCCCGGUAAUUCAAAUCCAAUUUCACAGCCACUGCUGAAUAUCCAAAAUUAUCCUCAACAAAUCUCUGUUUCUGAUAUACAUAAUGGGACAGUUGUGGCCUCACACACUUCAGUAGAAAGAAUAACAUAUGCAAAUGUUAAUGGACCCAAACAACUAACUCACAAUUUGCAAAUGUCUUCAGGAGUUACACAAAAUGUAUGGUUGAAUUCACCAGUGAGGAAUCCUGUGCAUUCUCAUAUAGGGGCAACUGUAUCUCAUCCAACUGAUUUUGGAACUAAUGUACCCCAUAUGCCGGCACUACAGAGUCAACUGGUAACAUCAGAUACCUAUUCUAUGCAAAUGCAGAUGAUCCCUUCUAAUUCUACACGACUUCCUGUAGCUUACCAAGGAAAUCAGGGACUUAACCAGUCUUUUUCAGAGCAACAGGUUGAUUGGACACAACAGUGUGUAUCUAAGGGACUGACUUAUCCAGAUUACAGACCACCUCCAAAGCUAUACCGUUACUCACCACAAAGCUUUUUACCAGAUUCUACCAUUCAAAAACAAAACUUCACACCACGUACAUCAUUACAAGUUAAAAAUAGUCAGCUUCCAAAUUAUGUACUAACUUUACCGUCAAAGCAGACUGCAGCUGUACCAUCACAGCAGUAUGCCACGCAAACUGACAAAAGACCUCCUCCUUCUUACAACUGUAGAUAUGGAAGCCAGCCUUUGCAAAGUACUCAGCAUGUUACUAAACACCUGUCUAUGGAAGUUCCUCAGAGUCGAGAAAUGCUGUCAUCUGAAAUAAGGACCAGCUUUCAACAGCAAUGGCAAAACCCUAAUGAAAAUGUCAGCACAAUUGGAAAUUUCACUAACUUGAAAGUAAAUAACAGCAGCAAACAGCCUUUUAGUGGUCCCAUUAGAUCUUCUGUGGAUGGUGUUCAGACUCUUGCUCAAACUAAUGAAGAGAAAAUAAUGGAUUCUUGUAAUCCAACUUCAAAUCAAGUACUGGACACAAGUGUCACAAAAGAAAAGCUAAUAAGGGAUAUUAAAACAUUAGUAGAAAUAAAACAGAAGUUUUCAGAACUUGCAAGGAAAAUUAAAAUCAAUAAAGAUCUUCUGAUGGCAGCAGGUUGUAUUAAAAUGACUAAUACUUCUUAUAGUGAACCAGCUCAGAAUUCUAAAUUGUCUCUAAAACAAACUGCCAAAAUCCAGUCUGGACCCCAGAUAACUCCAGUAACGCCAGAGAAUGCAGAGAGACAACCACCAACAGUAGUGGAAUCUGCAGAAACAAAUAAGACUCAGUGUAUGUUGAAUUCUGACAUUCAGGAAGUCAAUUGCAGGAGGUUUAACCAAGUUGAUUCUGUUUUACCAAGUCCUGUCUAUUCUGAAAAGCGGCCAAUGCCAGACCCGUCUCAUGAUGUGAAAGUUCUCACUUCAAAGACAUCAGCUGUUGAGAUGACCCAGGCAGUUUUGAAUACUCAGCUUUCAUCAGAAAAUGUUACCAAAGUUGAGCAAAAUUCACCAGCAGUUUGUGAAACAAUUUCUGUUCCCAAGUCCAUGUCCACUGAGGAAUAUAAAUCAAAAAUUCAAAAUGAAAAUAUGCUGCUUCUUGCUUUGCUUUCACAGGCACGUAAGACUCAGAAGACAGUAUUAAAAGAUGCUAAUCAAACUAUUCAGGAUUCUAAACCAGACAGUUGUGAAAUGAAUCCAAAUACCCAAAUGACUGGUAACCAACUGAAUUUGAAGAACACGGAAACUCCAAGUACUUCUAAUGUAAGUGGCAAGGUUUUGGACAACUCCUUUUGCAGUGGACAGGAAUCCUCAACAAAAGGAAUGCCUGCUAAAAGUGACAGUAGCUGUUCCAUGGAAGUGCUAGCAACCUGUCUUUCUCUGUGGAAAAAGCAACCUUUAGAAACUGCAAAAGAACAGGAGUGUGAUAAACUCAGAACAAACACAACAGCAGUUGGAAUUUCAAAGCCUGCUAACAUCCACGUUAAGAGUCCUUGUUCAGUUGUGGGAAAUUCAAAUUCUCAGAAUAAAAUAAGUAAUCCCUCACAGCAGACAGCUUUGUCGAUGGUAAUGCACAAUUAUGAGUCUUCAGGUAUGAGUAUAACAAAGGGAACAGAACUUCAGAUUGCUGUAGUGUCACCGUUAGUUCUGUCAGAGGUCAAAACAUUGUCUGUCAAAGGAAUAACACCUGCAGCGUUACCUGAAAUAGUGUAUCCCGUUAUUAAAGAAGGCAGUGUUUGUAGUUUACAAAAUCAAUUGCCAGAAAAUGCAAAGGCAACUGCUGCUUUCAAAGUUGAUGUUAAUGGACCAGUAGCAAGUACAGCAGCAUCAACCAAGAUUUUUCCACUAACUCAGAAAGAAAAGCAGAAUGAGUCAACUAAUGGUAAUUCAGAAGUCACACCUAAUGUCAAUCAAGGAAAGCAUAACAAAUCAGAGUCAGCUAUCCAUUCUAUGAGUGAUCAGCAAACCUUACAGGAAUCAAGGAAUAGUACUGUUGUGAGUAGUGAUAUAUUACAGAUUGGCAAUAUUUGUUCUCUGGUUGAAGGUGAUACCUCUUACAAUUCCCAAAUAGCAAAGAUAUUCAGCUCUCUUCCUUUGAAAAUGGUUGAGCCACAGAAACCUUCUCUACCCAAUCAGCAAGGGGUUGGCAGCAGAGAACCAGAAAAACAAUUAGAUAAUACCAGUGAAAAUAAAGACUUUGGUUUUCCAAAAGAUAAACCUGUACAGUGCACAGAUGUUUCACAUAAAAUAUGUGAUCAGUCAAAGUCAGAGCCACCCUCAGAGUCCUCUUUGAACAAUCUUGAAACAAACAGAGUUAUUCUAGAGAAAAGUAGUGUGGAGCAUGCCACUGAAAAAAGCACAGCUAACGAUACAUGCUCGUCAGCUGCUAUUCAGGAGGACAUUUACCCUCAGGAAAUAGAUGCAUCCAGCAACUAUACUCCCCAAGAUCCUGCAAGAAAUGAAGUCCACAGUGAUAAGGCACCUGUCUUAUACCUACAUGACCAGCUGUCAGAACUUUUAAAAGAGUUUCCUUAUGGCAUUGAGGCUGUGAAUACACGUGAAGGUUCUGUGGGCCAGCAAACUACAUACCAUACCUCAGAAGAUCAAACUGCUGAUAAAACCAGUUCUGACUCCAAAGACCCAGCAGAUCAAAUACAAAUCACAAUAUUAAGCUCAGAGCAAAUGAAAGAAAUAUUUCCUGAACAGGAUGAUCAACCCUAUGUAGUAGACAAGUUGGCAGAACCUCAGAAAGAAGAGCCCAUCACAGAAGUAGUUAGCCAGUGUGACCUGCAGACACCUGCAGGAGGAGAAAGUCGUGAUUCUGUGAUACCGGACUCUGAGAAAGACGAUAUCCACUGCUGUGCAUUGGGCUGGCUCUCCAUGGUUUACGAAGGAGUACCCCAGUGUCAGUGUAAUUCCAUCAAGAACUCAACUUCAGAGGAAGAGAAACAAAAAGAGCAGUGUUCUCCUUUGGAGACCAACAGUUGUAAACAAGGAGAGAGAACCUCUGAUGGAGAUGUCACUAUUGUUCAGUUUAAGAGCCUUCUAAACAAUCCAAAGACGACUCCAACUCCUCCAGAUGGGAGAAGUCAUUUUCCUGAAUUACAAGACGACAACAGAAAAGAUACAUCCAAAACAAAACAUAAAAGCUUACCAAGGACAGAACAAGAAUUAACUGCUAGUCAGCUUUCAUCCAAAUGUGAUAAACUAAAUCCCUUGCAAAAUCACAAAAGAAAAAAACUGAGGUUUCACGAGGUAACCUUUCACUCCAGUAAUAAAAUGACGGCAUCUUACGAACAAGCUUCUCAGGAAACCCGACAGAAGAAACAUAUAACACACAACUCACGUCCACUAAAAGCAAAAACAGCUUUUUUGCCAAAUAAAGAUGGGUAUAAGAAGCAUAGUUCUUUGGGACAGUCAUUAUCACCAGAAAAGAUAAAAUUGAAACUCAAAUCAGUUAGCUUCAAACAAAAACGAAAGUUAGACCAAGGGAACGGAUUAGAUAUGGAAGUAAAGAAGAAGAAACAUGAUAAACAAGAACAGAAAGGAAGUGUGGGAGCUACAUUCAAAUUAGGUGACUCUUUGUCAAACCCAAAUGAAAGAGACGUUGUUAAAGAAAAGAUGGUAUCAAAUACUAAGUCUGUAGACACGAAAGCGAGUUCAUCUAAAUUUAGUAGAAUUCUGACUCCUAAGGAGUAUUUACAAAGGCAGAAGCAUAAAGAAGCUCUGAGUAAUAAAGCAUCGAAGAAAAUCUGUGUGAAAAAUGUGCCGUGUGAUUCUGAACACACGAGACCAAGUAAACUUGCCGCGCAGGUCGGAAGUUGUGGGAAAUCAAAUGAGAAGCACAGCAGCGGCGUGCAGGCCUCUAAAGAAUCAUUAAAUGGCUUGACAAGCCAUGGUAAAAACCUCAAAAUCCACCAUUCUCAGGAGUCUAAAACAUACAACAUUCUAAGGAAUGUUAAAGAAAAAGUUGGUGGGAAGCAGCCUGACAAAAUAUGGAUUGAUAAGACUGAAUUAGACAAGAAAUUAACCAAUAUAAGCAACGAAGCUGAAUUCAGCCAAAUGCCUCCCCAAGUAAAGGAUCAAAAGAAAUUAUAUCUGAAUAGAGUUGCGUUUAAAUGCACUGAACGUGAAAGCAUUUGUCUCACCAAAUUAGAAAAUUCACCCAGGAAGCUUCAUAAAGAUAAGAGACAGGAAAGUAAACAUAAGACCUUUUUACCCGUGAAAGGUAACACAGAAAAAUCAAACAUGCUGGAGUUUAAAUUAUGUCCAGAUAUCUUACUAAAGAACACAAACUCUGUGGAAGAACGGAAGGAUGUAAAGCCUCCUCCCAGGAAGGAGCAAGCCCCUGUGCAAGUUUCAGGAAUAAAAAGUACAAAAGAAGACUGGUUAAAAUGUGUUGCUACAAAGAAAAGGACACAGAAAGACAGCCAAGAGAAAGAUAAUGUUAAUUCAAGACUCUCGAAGAGAAGCUUCAGUGCAGAUGGAUUUGAGAUGCUACAAAACCCAGUAAAAGAUUCAAAAGAAAUGUUUCAAACCUACAAACAGAUGUACCUGGAGAAGAGAAGCAGAAGCCUUGGUAGCAGUCCUGUAAAAUAAUUACAAGACGUGGUGUUGUAAUUGCCACUGGGAAAUUUCUUUCCUUUUCUGUUGAAAGUAUUUCGCUGAAGCUAAUGAGAAAUGCCAUGAUAAAGAUUUCUCAGAGCUUGGUUCCCACUUUCAUUGUGUUUCAUUGAAAGUGCUUAAUUAAAAUGGCUUGAGAACUUUGGGUAGCCAUGUGUAAGAAAUGGAUGGUAUUCACCGUGGAAACAUAAGGUAUUUGAAUUUCUACUUUAUUGAACCAGGUUUACCAUUAUUUUUAAAGGAGUGCUUAUACAAAUCAAUUUGAAAUUCUACCCAUCUUGAGGGAGGACUGUUCCUCAGUUAAGGACUUGUUUAUUUAAAUGGGACUGUAAAUAUGUUUUGAUUUCUAAGCUAUAUUAGCAAAAUUUAUUUUUCAGAAAUGCCCACUGUGAUGUGAAUGUCAAAAUAUAUUCUUAAGUGUUUUAUAACUAAUUGUAAACUUUUUUUCAGAAGUCUUAUUUUAUACUUGUGAAACUGAACACAAUUUUGGGACAACGUUUAAACAUUACUUUUCGUACUUGAAAUAAACAUUUAUUUUUUAAAAAACUAA